AUGAUGGCCAACUCUCUUCCAAGCAAUCUCACGAGUCGCAUUCCACCAGAGGUAUUCAACGAGAUAUUCUCAUACCUCCCGCGAGAUGCACUUUUCGCACUCAGGGCAUUAGAUCGCCGUUUAGGCGCCAUCGCUACGGCCCACGCGUUCAGACACGUUCAUCUUGGUGCACAAGAGGACAAAGGCGAGCAUGAACUUCUUAUUAACGUGGCUCGAUCUCAAAACCUUCGACAUCUCGUUCGUGAGGUAACAUGCGAUACCUGGGUCGGCUCUAACUUCAGAUACGAUGCCAAUGACAGCUUCCCUCUGCCAUCGGAGUUUCUGAAUGCCCUCCCAUAUCUACGGUUUUUCCGUAACCUCAGCGCGCUAAACGUGGUUUUUAGCCAAUUCUGUGGGCACACCCUUUUAGACCGCUAUACAGAUGUCGAGGAGACCACAGAUUUCCGCUAUAGGGUCCUAGACACUGUGUUUCGGUCGGUGGCUGGAACAUGGUCUUCCGAACAGCAGGCAAACAUCGAUCAGACACUUCAGCUAAGACACUUUGAACCUGUGUACGAUCAAACUAUCCCGGGUGCCAGUGAUGAUGAGAUAGCCAGCCGCCUGCCUCUAAAGACCUUGACCAUCAGCAAUUUGGGUGACUACAACGACGAACGGCUCACCAAGUCCGACGCUUUCAAAGCAGUGCUCGAAUCAAAGGAGCUCGUCGAUCUGAAGUUGCAGAUCACCACGCAGGCAGACGAUCGUGAUCCGGAGAACGAGCUCUUCCUCUGCGACAAAUAUGAUCUUUUCGCCGCUCUUCCCUCAACAUGGCUAUCUCCGACUGUGGCAGGCAACCUGACCACCAUGUCCCUUUACUGCCGCGAGCACUGGGGUUGGAACCCCAAGAUGGACUUCCGCGCCGUUAGACCCGGAAUGGGAGUUGAUUCGGGGUUCCCCAGCCUCAGAUUCCUUGCCCUGGGGAAAUAUGUCUUCAGCCACCAAUGGCAGGUCGAUUGGAUUGCCUCACUGGGGCGCCAGAAUGGGCGUGGGGGGCUGGAGAAGCUUUAUCUCGACAACUGCCCCAUAAUGUACCACGCAAACCACUUGAGGCCCUUGGAUGAGAGCACGAAGGUUGUUGGGAAGGAUAGGAACGGAGAUGAUAUUGUUGUUUCCAACGAAGGUUACCACAGAAGGGAUCUACUUGCCCGCCGACCAGCUACCCAAAGGCGGGGUGCCUAUGAAAAACGUGAGUUUCCUCUGCGAUGGCACACCGUCCUGACCCAGUGGAAUGAAUCCAUGACUGGUCUGCGAGUGUUCAAGAUGGGAAGCGGCGCCCUCACAUCGCCUUGGGUUAACAUGGGUCACUUCUUGCAAGACCAUGGAGACAUUGGGAGAGGACAGUGUUCGAUACAUCGCCAGGCAUUCCGGUAUUUUGACCGCCUAUCUCCUCCACCUGACGACACGCCAUACGAAGACAUUGAUGACGAUAAGUAUGCUUCAGGUGUAGGGCUAUCCCAAGACAGGAACCAUAUUCUCCAAUAUGCCUAUUUCGGUGGCAGCGACACAUGCUUUGUAGACAGGAAUCGGCCAAGAGACAGAAUCCCUGAGAAGGAAAACACAGAUUCUGUGGACGAACUUGCGCUAGAAGCCUUAUAUGCUACCGUGAAAGCCAGGAAUCUGAGAGGCUAA